AUGGAGACAGCGGCAGCAGCUUCAGAGGAUGAGGCCGGGCCCUCACCAGCAGAGCCAGCAGCUGAGGGGGCCGCUGCCAUGGCGGAGGCUGCAGCGCCAGAGGCAGCAGAGGUGGUGGAGAUCAUAGCUCCGGAGGCCGCAGAGGCGGUGGCACCGGAGGCAGCGGAAGAGGCGGAGGCGACGGCACCAGGGGUCGCCGAAGUUGCCAGCAGCUCCGCACCACCGGCGGAGGAGGAGGAGGAGACAGAGGUGGUGGUGGGAAGGCGCCUCCUCCCGAGUACAGCGGAGAUCCCUCUCCCCCGGCUCAUAGCUAAAUGCCACCAAGCUCAGCAGGAGCUAGAGGCCGGCAUGCGCCGGGAGUGGGAGAAGCUGGAGGCAGAACGCCACCGACUCUCCGACUGGGAGGUCCGCCUGGGCGACCACAUCAACUCCGUCUCUGCCCGCUACGCCGAGGAGCGCGCCAAGCUCGUGCUGGGGCGCGAGCUUCUGCAGGAGGAGCUGGAGCAAGCUCACGUCCGGGAGGCGGCGGCGCUCCAACGGGAGAAAGAGGCCAGGCGGCGGGAAGCCGAAGCCCUUAAGGGGCUGAUCGCCGUGGAGGAGAGGAUGGAGGCGGUAGCGGACAGGGAGCGGACCGCCCGAGAGCUGGCGGCCGAAGUCAGGAGGGCGUCGGCCAUCGUCGAGGCGGAAAAGUCCACCCUCGCAGACUUGGCAGCGGCGGUGGCAAAGAGAGAGGAAGGGCUGGCGGCCCGCGAGGCCGAGGAGUCCUUCCACCUCAUCCUCCAGGACCGAGCCCGAAGAAGUGGGAGCAGCCCCAUCAGCCACCACGACCAUCACCUUCGCCGUGGCGGGGACCGUGCCACCGGCUGGGCCACGGGCGCCGUGAACCUCCAGCUGACACUAGCCAUGACUACCCCAGCCCCCGGGUCAUCGACCCGAGAAGAGUCUACGAGCGUGGGGCCAGUCACGGCUGCACCAGCCCCCGAGCUGUCAGCCCCAAAGGGGUCGACGCCCGCGGAGUCGACCCCCGGAGCGGACGCGACGCUGCCCAACUUGCCACCUCCUGAGCUCCAACAAGUCGAAACCGAAGCUGGUGGCGAGGAACAAGUCGGGGUCCCUGUUGCCUCUCCUACGGAUGGUGCAGGUACCCAUCAGACGCCCCCUGAGGAAGCCGCGGGAACCUCGAGGAGACCCGGUGAGCUGCGGGUGACCGGGUCCGGGCGUCAGGAUAUCAUUGCCACCAACCUGGUGGACGAUCCGUUGCUGACGGCCAACAACAUAGAGAACUUCAAGAAGAAUGUGAUCACCCACUCCCAGAAGAAAUCGGAGAAACUGAAAACCGUUGUGAGUGGUCACCAAGAACUUGCAGCCCUAGAAAAGCGCCUCACCGACGAAAGAACAAUGAACUGCUCUCUCGAGAAAGCGAACUCCGAACUCCGAGAACAGCUCGAGAUGUAA